GAUACAUUGCAAAUCAGAAGAGAUUGGAAAUCAUUAAUGAAGACGAUGUUGAAGCUUACGUGGGAUUGAAAAAUUUGACAAUUGUGGAUUCCGGAUUAAAAUUUGUGGCUCAUAAAGCAUUCCUGAAAAAUAGUGAUUUACAACACAUCAAUUUUACAAGAAAUAAAUUGACAAGUUUGUCUAGGAAACAUUUCCGUCAUCUUGAAUUGUCUGAACUGAUUCUGGUUGGCAAUCCAUUUACAUGCUCCUGUGAUAUUAUGUGGAUCAAGAAUCUUCAAGAGACUAAAUCCAGUAUGGAAACUCAGGAUUUGUACUGCAUUAAUCAAAAUAGCAAGAAUAUUCCCCUGGCAAGCCUUCAGAUACCCAAUUGUGGUUUGCCAUCAGCAAAUCUGGCUGCACCCAACCUUACAGUGGAGGAAGGAACUUCUAUCAUCUUAUAUUGCAGUGUUGCAGGCGAUCCAGCCCCAAAUUUGUAUUGGGAUGUUGGUAAUCUGAUUUCCAAACAUAUGAAUGAUUCAAGCCAGACACAGGGAUCCUUAAGGAUAACUAACAUUUCAUCUGAUGACAGUGGAAAACAAAUAUCAUGUGUGGCAGAAAAUAUUGUAGGAGAAGAUCAAGAUUCUGUCAACCUCACUGUACAUUUUGCUCCAACUAUCACAUUUAUCGAAUCUCCAACUUCAGACCACCACUGGUGCAUUCCAUUCACUGUGAAAGGCAACCCCAAGCCAGCACUUCAGUGGUUCUACAAAGGGGCAAUAUUGAAUGAAUCCAAAUACAUCUGUACUAAAAUCCAUGUUACCAAUCAUACGGAAUACCAUGGCUGCCUCCAGCUGGAUAAUCCUACUCAUGUGAACAAUGGGAACUACAUGUUAGUAGCCAAGAAUGAAUAUGGAAAGGAUGAAAAAGAGAUUUUUGCUCACUUCAUGCAAGGACCUGGUCAUGAAGGUGAAUACACAAAUGAGUCUGAAAUAUUUUAUGACCCAGAUUAUGGGACUGCAGCAAAUGAUAUUGGGGACUCCACAAACAGAAGUACGGAUAAUCCUGAUAAAAGAGGUCGUGAACAUCUCUCGGUCUAUGCUGUGGUGGUAAUUGCAUCUGUGGUGGGAUUCUGUCUGGUAGUGAUGCUCUUUUUGCUGAAAUUAGCAAGACACUCCAAGUUUGGCAUGAAAGGCCCAGCUUCAGUUAUCAGCAAUGAUGAUGACUCUGCUAGCCCUCUCCAUCACAUCUCCAAUGGAAGUAACACCCCUUCAUCUUCAGAGGGUGGUCCUGAUGCUGUCAUUAUUGGAAUGACUAAGAUCCCUGUCAUUGAAAAUCCCCAGUACUUUGGUAUCACCAACAGUCAGCUUAAGCCAGACACAUUUGUUCAGCACAUCAAGCGCCACAACAUUGUUCUGAAAAGGGAGCUAGGUGAAGGAGCCUUUGGAAAAGUUUUCCUAGCGGAAUGCUAUAAUCUAUGCCCUGAGCAGGACAAGAUCUUGGUGGCAGUAAAGACACUAAAGGAUGCCAGUGACAAUGCACGCAAGGAUUUUCAUCGUGAGGCUGAGCUACUGACCAACCUCCAGCAUGAACACAUUGUCAAGUUCUAUGGUGUCUGUGUGGAGGGUGAUCCCCUCAUUAUGGUCUUUGAGUACAUGAAGCAUGGAGAUCUCAACAAAUUCCUCAGGGCACAUGGACCUGAUGCUGUACUUAUGGCUGAGGGUAACCCACCAACAGAGCUGACCCAGUCUCAGAUGCUGCACAUUGCUCAGCAGAUUGCUGCAGGCAUGGUCUACCUGGCAUCCCAGCACUUUGUGCACCGAGACCUGGCCACCCGGAACUGCCUGGUUGGUGAGAACCUCCUGGUGAAAAUUGGGGACUUUGGUAUGUCCCGGGAUGUGUACAGCACUGACUACUACAGGGUUGGUGGUCAUACAAUGCUGCCUAUUCGCUGGAUGCCUCCUGAGAGCAUCAUGUACAGGAAGUUCACCACAGAGAGUGAUGUCUGGAGUCUAGGAGUCGUGUUGUGGGAGAUCUUUACAUACGGCAAGCAGCCCUGGUAUCAGCUAUCAAACAACGAGGUGAUAGAAUGCAUCACUCAGGGCCGAGUCUUGCAACGACCUCGAACAUGCCCCCAGGAGGUCUAUGAAUUGAUGCUGGGGUGCUGGCAGAGAGAGCCCCAUAUGAGGAAGAACAUAAAGGGCAUUCACACCCUCCUGCAGAACUUGGCCAAGGCAUCUCCAGUCUACCUGGAUAUUCUAGGCUAAAGCCUCAUCUCCCAGACCUACCCUUCUCAAAGCACCUCCUUGGAUGACCAAAAGGAUGAACGUCUUGUAACUGCCACUGGAUGCCACCAAUCUGCUGUUCUUCACUCUGACAGUAUUAGCCACAAAGACAUAGAACAAAGAUUUCAGAGGGAAGCAAUGUGUACUUGUUCAUCAUAGAUACAGUAUGGACUUCUUUUUGGCAUUAUCUCUCUUCAUUUCCAUCUCCCUUGGUUUGCUCCCAUAUUUUUGUCUUUUUAUAUUUAUUUAUUUUUUAGUCUAAAUAGCUUCACAGUUUUUACCCUUUCUUUUAAAACCAAUCUGGCUUCUGCAUUUCUAUUAACUCUGCAUAGACAAAGGCCUUAACAAACCUAAUUUGUUAUAUUAGCAGACUCUCCAGUUUGACCACCACAACUAACAAUGCCUUGUUGAAUUCCUGCCUUUGAUGUGGAUAAAAAAGGGAAAACAAUAUUUGACUUAAACUUUGUCACUUCUGCUGUACAGACAUUGAGAGUUUCUAUGGAUUCACUUCUAUUUACUUAUUAUUACUGUUAUUAUUAUUAUUAUUAUUAUUGUUACUGAUUUUGGAUGGCUUCAGCUUAUGUAUGACAAAAGGAAACUUUGUGUUCAAUCUGGGAAGCCUUUAUCUACGGGAGAUUAAAGCCAGAAAAAAGAAGAUAUAUUGUAACCCACAUUUUAGAAGGAACCAUGACCAUCAUUAGGAUCAGUUGGUGUCAGUCCCUACUUCAGAAAAAUCCAGCAUUGUCAGCUGGGAGGAAUGUAUCCAGCAUCUUCCUCUGAGGACCUUCCUGAGGAGUAAAGAUUGGUGCAUUUGGUGCCAUGGAUUAUUCUCUUCCCACAAGCAGAAACAUAGAGAGUAGUGAAGAGAAAAGAUGACUUCCGUAAGACACAAGAUGGUGCAUCACAGACUUAGUCUUGUCCUUGUAGGACAUGGUAAUGGCAUUGGUUUGUUUUUCCAAGUGUUAUCCACUAAGCCUUUGUCAAGUUCAUUUAAAAACAGAUAGAUUCUUGCUCAGAUAUUAUUUUGGGUCAAGUGGGAAAGACAAGGACUUUGAAAUGAUUGGACUAGUUAUACAUUUGAAGGCAUUUCUCUUAUAUUGAACUUUACAGAUAGCAGUUCCCUCUGACGCCUACCCUCUGCCUCACCUGUCCUCCUAACUGUGCAAGCAAAAUUGUGCAUGGUCUUUGUCAAUUAAUACCUUGUGUGCAGAAACUACCACUCCACAUGUCAUGUCCCUGAUAGCUAGAGCAGAUCCAUAAAAGGAAAAACAUAAAAUUAGUGGAAGCAAAUGGAGUUCAUAAUAUAAAUGUUUCUGGGUUUAAUGGUGAUAAUAGGUUUUAUGAAGAUGGACCCUGAAACCUGGAUGUCCUGAGAUACAUCAAUCCUAUCCGGGGACUGUGAGAAGGGCAGAAUGUAUCCUUGAAGAAAUAUAACCCUCACCAUAAGAUAUCACAUGCUUUGAUGUUCAGUGUAAACAGACCAAGCCAUUGCUUCGGUUAGGAGAGUGGUUUCAAUCCAAUAUAUUUUAUUGUCAAUAUACUGUUUUAUUUUCUUCACUCCAUUAAAACAAGUAUUUUAAUAAUUAGGCAUGCUAAUGGCAGACUAUGCUCUGACCAAGUCUUGGAGAUGUGUUUCUGGUCGUUAUCAGGAAUUUUGAAAGAGAAAUUAUAAAUUUAAUUAGAAAUGUACUGUUAUUUGCUAAGUUAUAUUAAGGAAGAAAAAUAUUUCUGUUCCUCAAGAAAACUUGCUACCCUCUGUGAGGGGAAUUUUGCUAACGUGGCAUCUUUAUAAUAUGGUCAGAUUGAAAAAGGAGUGAUUUUUAUUCAUCCUAGGUUAUUGGUUUCAUAUUUAUUUCUAAUAAUGCAAUUGCUCUGUUUAGAUUUUGCUUGCACCUCUAACUACUGGAGCACCUUAUUUUCCAUUACAGAUUGUAAAAACCCGUUAUCAAAAAAGUGUCAAUUAAUAGAGAACAAAAGGAAAUCCCAUAACAUGUGAGCAAAUGAAGGGGGUUGACAAGAUAAACUAGUCUCCUAAAGUUCUGUGCUGGUCUAAGAGACAAGGAAGUCGAUUUGUUCUCUUUGCUGGUGAAAAACAACCCCUCUAGAAUACACAUAAUAUAAUGAAAGCCAUAUUUCCAUGAUAUAUACCUGAACGUAUAUAUCCUUAAGGACCCAUGGUACUGUUAAAACACUGUGGCACCUGAAGCAGUAAAGAAGGGGCAGAUUUGUACAAAACUUUCUGAUUCCAUCAGCACUGGUCUGAAAAUAUACAUAGGUUAAUCAUUCUGCAUGACCAACCAGCUACUCUAGGGGAAGAAGCUUCUAGUUAUUUUAUUGUAACCGGGAACAAAGGAACUAAUAAUCUUGGAGAUCAAAUUCUAGGAGGGCUGUGCAGUUUUAAAAACAGGGAUUUGAUUAAGAAGAAUGACUAGAUGAAGAUACUGCAUUCUAUUUCAGUUUUGUGUUUUUCUCUUGAGGAAAGAGAAAACAAAAAAUAAUUUUUUCUUCUUUACUUUCUGACAACCCAUAAGGAGAUUUUCAUUUCCUGAAGCACAAGGUUCUAUGCAAAUGCAAAGUUACUUAUAUUGGUAAUUUUUCCCUCUGUAGUUUCAAGAGUAUGUGCUGGUUUUAGAGACAUCUUACAUUGAAAGAAAAACAGAUUGCUUUU